UAAAUACAUUGUUGCGAAGAAAGAAAGCUGCAGAGCUGAGCAGCUGAUGAAACGGAUCAGUACUAGCAGAGACAGUCUACAUAGCUCUUGUUUUUAUGGAACUUCUUACAGUUUUCGGUACCUAACGACGCUUCUGCAGCUUUAUACUUUACUAACAAAGCAGUUGACUGCGAGUUCAGCACUUCCCAAGUGGACCGCUAUGCCUACUCUAUCUGCACCUUGUGACGUGAGCAGUCUGCCCCCUUCUCCGGUGGACAGGUCGCCUAGGAGGAUGUCCUGGGGCAAACUGGUCCAGAGAUUUACAGAUUUUGGUGCAGGGGUCAACAACAGCAGCAUCGAGGAGUCCAGCUCAAACAACGGCAGCAGGAGUGACCUUUCAGACUCAGGGUCGGAUGUUUCCGGCGAGCUGUGUCCAUCCAACGACGACCUGUUCUACGACCCCAUGGAGGAGACGAUACUCAAGGAGGUGGUGCUGCUCAUCGCUCACAGCCUGCGGGAAGCCAAAGACUCUGACUGCGCCCUGCGGUGCGCCAAACUCCUCAUCCCCGACAAACUCCUGGACCACAUCGGACGCGAGCUGCUCCAGCUGGCGACCAGCGAGCCGUGUGGCCUGCGAGGCGCGUCCAUCGACCUGUGCGUGGAGCACGGGGAUCUCUGCGAGAGCGUGGAGCAGAUCUCUGUGGACCCGUACCUAGUGCCCACCUUCCAGCUGACGCUCGUGCUCCGGUUGGAGUCCGGCGGGCUGUGGCCAAAGAUCCAAGAACUGUUCAACACCAAGCACCCCUCGGCCCCUGUGGUCAAGCAGGUGAUCAGACUGGGAACGGGCUUCCGGGUGAUCAAGAAAAAACUAUACAGUUCUGAAGAGUUGUUCAUCGAGGAGUGUUGAGAGUGACAAACCAAUGGAUGGCGUUAUAAAGGCUGUGCCUGAAUAGUGAACUUGACCUUUUAAAAUGACCCUCACAAUGUCCUUUUACGAAAAAAGCUGUUUAUUGUGUUAAAUGUUUAUGUUUCCUUCCUAAAUGUAAAGUGGCUUUAGAACUUAGCUUAAAUAUUGUUUCCUCUAUAAGGGAGCCUCGUUACGGUACAACAAGAAGUGAAACGUGCCCAACACCUUUCACUUCGCUUAAACAUACCGGUUAUCCGUUUUAAAUGGACAUCUUUCCGAGUUGUGUGUGUGUGUGUGUGUGUGUGUGUGUGUGUGUGUGUGUGUGUGUGUGUGUGUGUGUGUGUGUGUGUGUGUGUGUGUGUGUGUGUGUGUGUGUACCUCAGUUUCUAUUGAAACCAUAUAAUGGCAGCUAGCUCUAUGGUCACUCUGUUGUUUUGCAAGUUGUUGUACACCGGGAGUACCAGUGCGGGCCUGAACGACCGCUUUGGUUCAAAGCGCAAAGGCCUAGCAGUAGUCUACUUAUUUUGUGUUAUAUGCAAGAGGACGUACAGCAAAAGUCUAAUGUAACUUGUUUUAUUUUCUUUUUUUUUUAUAACGUGGACCUGUCUUGCAUUCCAAUGUAUUUAUUUGACAUUCAAAUAGUCACACCAUUGCACUGUUUUGUACAUUCAUGACUGCAGAAUAAAUUAUUUUCUAACAAA